CGAAGCCAGUUAAUCUUUGUCAUUUUCCUUGAAACUGACAAACCAAGACCAAUCGAGUCUUGCCAUAGGAAAAUACUGCCAUCGGCUACUAAAGCUUUGAACGUUUCAAGGCACGAAUGAAUAGAUGGAAGAAGCAACUCGUCUCUUCUUUGCCACCCAAGGGGGGGAAAGCCUGGAAGUGAACGAUAUGGGUGCAACUGACCAAAAAAAAAAACCAACCCUUUACGUAACUUUUUUGCUAGGAGAGAACACCACGAAGCACAUUUUCCAGGAAGUGUGGGCUGAGAUGAUUGUGUGCUCUUAACUAAUCCUGAGUAGGGUAGCAAGUAAGCCAGCCUUCUAAUGCUGCUUCGGCAAGCUUCUCUGUCAGAAGAUAGCAGUUCGACUUGACUGAAGCAUGAAUGAACCAUACAGCCCACCUGCUCCUCCAGCCGGGAAUUCGGGCCCUGCGGCCACGAUGAAAAUCGUCGUGUGUUUACUUACUCUCUUCGUUAUUGCGCAGAUUAUUGGGACAGCGUUUUUUGGUGUCUACUUUCACAAGAAGCUCGAUGAGGUACAGAAGGAGAGGUGUCAGCAAGCGAACUCUGUGUUGACGAUACUAAAGGAAUGCAACCAUAAAGACUCCUCCAAGCUGAACUGCCAGGAAAUUGAAGCCUAUUUUCAGAAGCUCCUUCAGCCUAAAGAGAGCCCCACAAAGGAGAUGUUUGAGAAGCAGAAAGGAGAUCAGAAGCAGCUACCAAUUGCGGCUCAUCUGACUAGUAACACCAACAGUAAAUCCACGGCCGUUCUCCAGUGGGCCAGAAAAGGAUAUUACACCAUGAGCGACUCAUUAUCCUAUAGUGAUGGCAAACUGACAGUCCAGAGCUCAGGAUUUUACUAUCUCUAUUCCCAAGUCACCUUUUGUUCCAACCGAGAAGCUUCCAGUCAGGCUCCAUUUAUAGUCAGCCUCCACCUGAAAUCGAGCGAAUCGGAGAGAGUCCUUCUCCGAGCAGCAAAUACCCACACACCCUCUAAACCUUGUGGGCAUCAGUCCAUCCGCCUGGGAGGAACAUUUGACCUGCAACAAGGUGCUUCAGUAUUCAUCAAUGUGACUGAUCCCACCCAAGUGAGUCACGGGCCAGGAUUCACAUAUUUUGGUUUAUUUAAAUUGUGAAAAAAAAUGUAACUUCUCAUUUUGUGGCCAAAGAUGAUGUCAUCAAUCUUCGCCACAUAGAAAAAAGCAGUUCAAAGCAAACCCUUUGGAACUGACUGGGCUUUCCUGGCUUUGACUAUUUAUAUUCCUCGGACUCUCUUUCACCAAAUACUAUUUAUUAUGUGCUCCCACAUUGGCAGGGCUGUCCAUACCAAGGAAUUCCCAGAGCAAAACAGAAACGGUCCCUGCUGUAUAUGGGGCUAUGGCUUAAAACACAUGACAUUGAGGCAGACACCCAGAGAACCCCACAGAAAGAAGGCUGAGUGAGAGUGAGAGGCCAGAGACAGACAGAAAAAGAAAAAGAGAGACAGACACACAGAGAUAUAGAGAACGUGGUGGGGGGAGGAGGGAAAGAAAGACAGGAGAGAGAAAGACAAGAGAAAAGAAAGUCAUGUCUUGGUCUCGAUUAGUACAAACAAGUCCCCUGAAGUGAUUGCACUACUCAAAUUUUCACGGUAUCUUUCCACUGGGCUGCAGCCAAUCACCAUUUUGAUAGAACCCAAAUCCAUGUGACCAUUUGGGGGGAUUCAUGUUCCUACUAAUCAGGACCUGGUUUUGCCAUGUAAUAUCAAACAGUCUUCCAGUGGGCAGUACAUUUAAUUGUCUCCAAAGGUGAGGAGGAGGGAAGGAAGAUUCCAUGCCUCAUAUUCAUUUACAAUCAACUCUUGCUGACUGGCACUAACCCAGAGGAGAAAGCUGACCAGUGUGACCUAUAUCCCCUAUGCCAAUGCUCGGUUCCAGUCAGUUGCUUAUCCCCGUCCAUUCCCACCAAGGAUCCUGGUGGGCAGAGGGAAGCAGCCCCACAACCAGUGAGGUGGCACAGCGGAGUAGAAUAAUCUCUGGGUCCUCUAGAUAAUCCAUUGGGAGUUGACUGUACUUAUGGGAAAUCUACUGUAUCCGGCUAUAGUCUUCACUGUUUCCCAAGUGAACUUGUGAUCAUCUUGUUAUUUAUUUUUUGAGUAAUAAAUAUUACUUAAUGUUGUUAA